UUCGACUGUUCACAUGUUAAAGAAAUAAGAAAGUUUAUUUUUUGUCUAAAACCUCACAGUUUUUUGCUUGCAUCGUGUCCAGCAUUUCAAACGACAACGUCAAAAACACGUGUUUUUGAUAAAUCAAAGCUUAAAAUAGUUUCCGUGCAACGCUUAGUUAUUCGACCGUGUAUUUUUUUUUGGCCAAAAGUGGUGAAAAAGCUAAAGCAAAUGUUGCGACACAGCCUUCGUUUCAAGCACGUAAAGUUUUUGCUUGGAUAUACUACAAUUAGAAAUCAAGCGCAAUGUGCAGGAAAAGGGGUCGUAGCUUCUGCGGUGCAACAAAACAACCUCCCUGUUAUUUCUUUCCAGAAACCAGGACCCCAUGUUUUGGAUGAUGAGUUACGGCUAAUCCCAUCUCAAGAAAUUGACAAUCCAUUAGUUGUGGAUUCUAGUUUUGAAGGUGUCACACCCCUUUUUUCUCCAAGUUUUAACUUAGCAUCCCUUGUGAAUAAAUCAGAGCUUCUCCAGCUUAUGGUUAAACUUGGUGUUUCAAUUCAUCAGUGGGAAAGGAAGACAGAUGUUCAUUCCUGGGUCAUGGCAUUAGAUUUUAAAAAAGAUGUCCAACCAAUUAUUCAGUUUUUGGUGGACCAAGGUGUUGCAUCAGACAGUUUGGGGCUUUUUUUCACAAAAAAUCCAUACAUCUUAAAAUCAAGCAUUGAGGACCUGGAAAUCCGGAUCAACUAUUUGCACUCAAAAAAAUUUAGCUCUGAAAUGAUCUCUAGAAUUUUGUCAAGAAAUCCACAUUGGCUCCUGUUCAGUCCUGAGAGAAUAGACAACAGACUAGGGUUUGUGCAACAAACUUUUCAUUUAACUGGAGAUGAACUGAGAGCAGUGGCGACAAAAGAAUCUCGUCUCAUCACCAGCAGCCUUCAGGGUAUCAAGUUAAUGAACUUUGGAUUCAAAGAAGAAAUGGGAUUUGAGGCUCAUCAAAUCAAAGAACUGCUACUUGCUAAACCAAAACUGUGGUUAAUGAACAAAUCAAUGCUAGUGGACCGUUUCGAUUAUCUCCACAACACGAUGAAGAUGGACUACGAGUCCGUGUUGAGAUUUCCCGCGGUGUUAACAUGCCGAGGGUUCCGCAUCAAGCAGCGUCAUGAAUUUUUGUGUCAUUUGAACCGUGCUCAAUACGACCCUAAAUUACCUAGGUACGUAAGUCCACUGCAAAUAAUAAGUGAUUCGGACACGUACUUUGCUGUUCACAUAGCGAGAAGUUCUAUUCAAGACUUUAACGAUUUUUGUAAAACUAUGUAAUACAAUAUUACGAAAUGUUGGUGUGUUUUAAA